AUUAUUAUUACUACUUCCUUGAGGUCUCCCGGACACUCCUCACUCCUCACUCUGCUCUGCUCACCAAUCGAACCCACCAAAAUAGGUUUCCAAGCGGAGCUUCUCACCACCGGCGGCGGGAUGGGCGGCGGCGCGGCGGACCAGGGCAAGACCAGCGAGGACCCUCGCGUAGAUCCGGGCAUCCUCGACCAACGUCGCCAUUCGUCUCCCCGUCUGCUGCCGUCGCGACAUGGCUUCCAAGAAAUGGCCUCGCUGCCGAUCCCCGACGAGCUCGUGGCGGAGAUCUUCCUCCGGCUGCCCACGCCAGCCGACGUCAUCCGCGCCUCUGGCGCCUGCGUAUCCUUCCGUCGCCUCGUCGCCGGCCGCCCCUUCCUCCGGCGCUUCCGCAAGCUCCACGACCCUCCCCUCCUCGGCUUCCUCGCUCUAACCGGAGCAUUCUUCCCCGUACUCCCGCCUUCUCCUUCCGCGUCGGCAGCCAGCGCCGUCGCCCUCGCCGCCGACUUCUCCUUCUCCUUCCUACCCGUCCCCGCUCGGGACUGGAAGGUCCGGGACGCCCGCGGCGGCCGCGUCCUCCUCAGCAGAUCUCCCUUGGAUAAUUCUCUGGCGGUGUGCGACCCCUUGCACCGGCGGUACCUCCUGCUUCCCCUGAUCCCUGAAGUUGAGGGGUGGGCUCCUCAUUCAUUUGAAAACCCACAGCGGCGGUCCUCCUUUCUCGAUGCGGAGGAGGCCGCAGGAGAGACAUCAUUCACAGUGAUCUCCAUCGCACAUUGGGGAGAUAACGAUAAGCAGGGCGCUUUCGUCUUCUCUUCCAGCACCGGACAAUGGCGAAGUACUCCAUGGAUUGCAGGCUUUGCUUCAUUCUCCGGGUACCGGCACGCAUAUGGCUGCUUCUACGGGGUGACAGCGUGCAGGGAGAAGUUGCUGGUGCUUGACACCCAGAGAAUGGAGUUCUCACUUGCUGACCUCCCACCCCAAGUGAGAGGUUCUUCAGAACAGAUUGCGGGUAUAUCCAUUGUGGAGGCAGGGGAAGGCGUCACUGGGAUGUUUGUGCUUCCACAUUACACAUCUCACAUCAGUUAUCUAAUUAGGCGAAACAAUGGUGGGACUUCCAGCCAGUGGCAGUUGGAGAGGACAAUUCCACUGGUCUCUUCUUGGUACAGUUUCAUGGGUUCAACAGAGAGGCACUUGCUUCUUGUAUCACAGGGAGACACUUUCAUGUUGGAUAUCAAAACAUUCCAACUUGAGAAGGUGGUCAGACAUGGCAUCAGUUCGCCAUGUGUAUAUAGAAACUUCCCACCAUCGUUGUUGUCGUCACCGACAAUAUCAAGUGCUAAACUUUCUGUUGUGUCCAAGUUGUCACCCAACUUGUCUGAUGCUUCAAAGUACAUUGCUGUGAUUCGUUAUUCUUGUUUACACUAUUUGGUGUUGAGACCAAGGAUGAUGAGAUGCUGGAAAAACGCCGUGCUUCGAGCUCAAGCCCAUAGCCUCCAGGGUUAGAAUAGCCCUGACACCAGUGCUGGAGGUCAGGGCUGAUUCGUUGAUGAGACGAUGAUCAAGAUGGUGACGACCGUUGUGAUGCAACUCGACAGUUAACCACUAAAUUGGUAUGCUUUUGCCCUUUGGUAUGUAAUAUGGCCAUCUAGAAGGAUACAAUAUAGAACCUGGAGUAUUUUAUCUUGCGUUUGAUUAGCCUUGCCAAAAGCUAAGACCGUCUAAGCAGUCAAGUUUGUGGAGUGGACCUUGUCAGGUAUUCAGAUGUAAGGAGAACAAGAUGAUCUAUUAAAAGUCAGACUUUCAGUGCCGGUCUA